AUGUUAAUCAAUUUAAUUAGAGUUUAUCUCGUGUGCGUGGUGGCUAGAGCGGAAGUGAUAAGAAUUUCCAAGAUAUGGGAAUACUUGCAGAAGCCUGGUGAACAUUUACAUGUGAAUCGAAGAACAACGGCUCAUCGUAUUCUCGAUUUGGGUUAUCCCUGUGAAGAGCAUGAAGUUCAUACAGAAGAUGGAUAUAUUUUGACAAUAUUUCGCAUUACCAAUUCGCCAAUAGAAUUGGAGAGUUCCCCUCGAGCAAAUAAACCCAAAGUGUUUCUCCAGCAUCCAUUAUUUGGUACAUCCGAUACUUGGAUCUUAAAUGGGCCCCAACAUAGUUUACCCUUUCUUUUGGCCGAUCGUGGUUAUGAUGUAUGGUUGGGCAAUUCAAGAGGAAAUCUUUAUGGACGUAAACACAGAAAUCUCACCAUUAACCAUACUGAUUUUUGGCGUUUUAGUUGGCAUGAAAUUGGCUAUUAUGAUUUGGCCUCCAUGCUAGAUUAUGUGCUACAGAAUGAAACAAUAAAUUCCAAGCAGCGCUCUUUGCAUUUCAUAGGUCAUUCUCAGGGAACCACCGCUUCGAUGGUUUUAUUAUCCCUGAGAACGGAAUAUCAACAACUUUUAAGAACAGUUCAUUUAAUGGCACCUGCUGUUUUUUUGGACAAUACCGAAGAUCGUUUACUGCAAGCUUUAAGUUCCUAUCUGGGCUAUCACAAUUUGUUGUCCCAACAAUUUAGCCAUCAGGAGUUUAUACCCCAUAAUGAGUUAUUCAAUAUUCUUUUAUACACGGCAUGCCAACAGGAUUUAAUAUGGCAAGGAUUCUGUUCGCCCAUGGCUUUUAUGAUGGAGGGAAGUUUGAAAAAUAAAAAUUUGACCGCUUUACAAAUUUGCUUGGAAACUCAUCCUGGGGGAGUGUCAACCAAUCAGUUACUCCAUUUUAUGCAAGUCAAACAUUCGUCAAAAUUUCGUCAAUUUGAUUUUGGUUCACAUGAGAAUCGUUUGCGUUACAAUCAGCGUCAUCCCCCUGAAUAUCCUCUUGAGAUGAUUGACGUACCACUACAUAUUUGGUAUGGUGAAGGUGAUCGUACUGUAAACCCCAUAGAUAUUCGACGCUUAGCUGCCACUAUAUCUGAUGUCCAAUUGCAUAGAGUUCCUGAUAGAAAUUGGUCACAUGGUGAUUUUAUUAUAUCGCGUAAUGUUCGCGAAUAUGUUUAUGAACCUCUUAUAGACAUUUUAGAUGAAUAUGAAGCAAAUACGAUGCUGGAGAACGAGAAGAAUUGGCAAGCGGUGAAAAGAUACGCCGAACAAAUAGUGCACAGUGAGAAGAUGGAACUGGAUGCAGCGGCAUAG